AUGUCUACCGCGGAGCAUUCCUUUGCCCAACUCGUGCUCUCCAGCCUGUGCAAGCAGGACACAGAAGGUCUGUUUACAAAGCCCAUCGAUCCUUCGAGUAAGAAUGCCUCGGAUUAUUUGCGAGCAAUCGAGAAGCCCAUGGAUUUCGGCACGAUCGAGAAAAAGCUCAAGCUACACGAAGACGGCCAAAGCACCGACUCGGAUCUGAAGCCCUAUACCACACUACAAAGCUUUGUAGACGAUGUCAACCUGGUGUUUGACAAUUGCUUCAAGUAUCAUGGCAUGGCGCAUGAACAUUCUCAGCGCGCUCUCCGGCUCAAGAAAACGUUCGAGUGGUCAAUGAUUUCUUUUACUCCAGGUGGAAAG